GAGCGUGUGUGUGUGUGUGUGUGAGAGAGCAGCAGGGCAGCUGAGCUGAAGAGUGCGCAGUCAUGAAAGUGUUUGUAAACACCUUCAGCUACAUCCAGCAGGAAGGGUUUUUACCUCUUGCUGAACUGUACCUGGCAGUUUGCUUCACCCAGAACUGCAGUGUUUCAUUUCUAGAGCUAUUGGACCUCUCCUAAUCUGCAGAAUGAUCUGGCCAGCAGGACCCUUAGAGUCAAGUGCAAUAUCUUUGAGUCUCCCCCAUGGAAGUACAUUGUUUUCUUAAAUUUAUAUUUGGUUGUCUACAAACUGAGUUGAGGAGCUAGACACGAUGCCGUGGCCUUUUUCUGAGUCCAUUAAGAAGCGGGCCUGCAGGUACCUGCUGCAUCGUUACCUGGGCAAUUUCCUGCAAGAAAAACUAAGUUUGGAUCAGCUUAGUCUCGACCUCUACCAAGGCACAGGUUCACUUGCACAAGUGCCACUGGACAAAUGGUCACUGAACGAGAUUCUCGAGUCGGUGGAUGCUCCCUUUGAAGUAAGUCAGGGCUUCAUCCAGGCUAUCUCCCUGACUGUACCAUGGGCCUCGUUACUACAGGACAAUUGUGCCCUGGAAGUGAAAGGCUUGGAGAUGGUUUUCAGGCCAAGGCCUCGUGUGGUAUCUGGCACGGAGCCUAUGUACUGGUCUAGCUUCAUGACGAGCAGUAUGCAGCUGGCAAAGGAGUGUCUGAGUCAGAGGCUCACUGAUGAUUUAGGGGAGAGCUUCCAGCCUCUGGAGGGUCUUGAGAAGUUUGCUGAGACGAUAGAGACAGUUUUAAGAAGAGUCAAGGUCACAUUUUUGGAUACAGUGCUCAGGAUUGAACAUGUUCCAGAAAAUUCCAAAACCGGGUUUGCCCUUGAAAUACGAAUUAGUAGGAUGGUUUACUGUGACGAGGCUACUGAAGAGGGCUCCAGUGUGAAUGUUCACCAGCCCACCACAUUUGCACACAAGAACUUGACUCUGGAGGGUGUCACUGUUUUCUGGAAUGAGUUUUCAGAGACGAUGCGCGCAAGCUUCAAAUCUUCCCCAACUCAAUCAGAGAUUGAGCCCAAACUGUCUCCAAGCUGGAAUCCAAAAAUUAUUUGUGAGCCUCACCCUCAGUUCACGGAGCCUGUGUGUGCCAGCACGCCAUUUGAACCUGUGCAGGUGGGCUGCCUCAGUGGCAGACUGGAGCUGUCCCUGGUGCUGAAACAGAAUGAAGCCAUGCCUGGAGCCAAGUUGGACAUUGAUGGACAGAUUGAUUCACUGAUCAUGCUGCUCUCACCACGACAAGUCCACCUCCUGCUGGAUAUGUUUGGAGUUUUCUCCAGUUCAGCAGGACAGGAGUGGUCUGGCUUGGCUAAGGAUAAAAAGAGUCGGCCCAUGCAACAAGAGGAUGAGUACCGUCUCCAUAUGGAGCUCAACCGCUGCUUAAAAAAGGAGCCAAUGUCCGCUGCCACAGAUCAAGACUUAUUUGAGAGCCAGACCACCAGAACGGUGUCCAGUCGAGAAGAUGUAUUCUUUUCGAUGGCUGAUAUGGACAUGUCACACAGUCUAUCAUCUUUGCCUCCUCUUGGAGACCCGCCCACCGUUGAUCUUGACCUGUCUCUAAACAGUAACUAUUCCACAUCCCUGGGGGAAUCACCUUCUGCCAAUGCAGCUGCUGGUUGGGACGAGUACAUGGAUAUGCCUAAACAGAAGGAGAAACAGACUCAUGAGACACCUCUAUUCACCAGAGACUCUCAGCUUCCACAGAAGCUGCUCAGACAGACCUCUCAUUCGACUAAGGGCCACUGCGAUGAGUCUAGGCCUGAGUUAGUCUUCAGGCUCUCUGUGGGCAACCUUUGCCUGUCGGUUCUCCACAUUGACCCUCUGCCACCACCAGACUCCACCCUGAGCCCUCUUGCUCCAAUGGCCUCAGAGUUUUUCCGUACAGUAGCUGUAGAUAAGCUACAAGCAGGUGGCUUCCUCCAGUCCCGGGCUGUUUUUAACCAGGCCUGUCCUCAUGAUCACCUCAGGUUUGUAGGACAGGGUUUAAAAGUGACCUAUGAGCACUGUCAGGGUUCUAGUCUGCGCACUCUCAAUACAGAUCUGUCUCUGAGUCGUCUGGAGCUGCUAGAAUGCCUGUACCCUACAGAGAACGCCAGCAUUAGCAGCAUGCAGAGUGGAGUACAGUACACAGAGCUCCUGACUUUUGACGAGGCUAGCAGCAGUGACUCUUCAACCGACACUUGUCUUCAUCUGCUCUACAAACUAACAGAGCGCAAAGGCCCACAGGGUGGGCAGGUACGCCUGAGUGCAAUGCAGCGCAAAGCUGACUUUCAAGUGGAGCUAGGUAAAGCUCGAUCAGAGUGUGACAUCAGCAUCGUAGACCGCCUCAAUUCCCUACUUCAGCCUCAAAAACUGGUCACCACUGAAACCAUGGCCUCCCAUAUGUACACCUCCUAUAACAAGCACGUCAGCCUACACAAAGCCUUUGCAGAAGUGUUUCUAGAAGAUAGCCGUACCCCUGCACACUGCCUGGUGUCUGUGUCUGUGGGAGCUCCAAAGCUGGUGCUGGUGGUCCGGUUCCCAAUCCCAGACUUGCGCUCAGAUCAAGAGAGAGGGCCUUGGUUUAAGAAGUCCCUGCAGAAGGAGGUGCUGCGUCUGGAAAUGGAAGAUUUUGAGCUCAAGUCUGAGUUCACAGGGGGCAGCUCUCCAGAGCAGACCAAGAUGGAGCUCACCUUCAAGGAGCUGAGUGGUUUUUUCCAGAAUGACAAAGACCACUCUACAGCUAGGUUCUUACGUGUGUCGCACACCAUGGAGGAGAACAUGGCCUCCUCAGACAGUGGCAAAUUUGAUUGGCCCAGAGUGGUGCUGAAGGUGAACCCCAUGGCUGUGCACUCCAUCUUAGAGCGGAUUACAGCUGAAGAGGAAGAGGAAGGUGCGGACGGACAUUCACAGGAGGAAGAGGAGGAGGAGGAAGGCGCGGCCCACUCUUUAAAGGAUGUGUGUGAUUUUGGCAAACCUGAACCCUCCCCUUUCUCGUCACGGCGAGUCAUGUAUGAGAAUGAGGAGAUGGUGAUCCCAGGUGAUGUGGUGGAAAUGACAGAAUUCCAGGAGAAAACCAUGAGCAACUCCCGUUACAUCCUAGAACUGGCUUUUCCAAAUGUGCAGUUAUCACUGCCCAACAAAGCUUUCUAUGAGAAACUGCACAACAGAAUUAAUAAUGAUUUGCUUCUGUGGGAGCCCACGGCACCGUCUCCAGUGGAGACCGUGGAGAACAUGCCAUAUGGGAUGGGUCUUUCUGUAGCUAGCCAGCUCAUCAGCACCUACAGCAAAGACAACUUCAGCCAGUUCAGGUCCACUGGCCCUGAGGAAGAAGAUAGUGGCUCAGAGGAGGAAACUAUGCAGUUCUACACCCCAGCUGAGCUGGGCUAUAGGAACAUGAGAAAGAGAAAGAAUAAGAUGCAACCCAAGAACUCGCAGAGUCUGUUUUCUGUCCUUCUGUCUGUCAAUCACUGCCUCGUUGCAUUGCAUACGGAAGCUAAGCAAGAGGAUAAAAGUGUUUUGAUGAACAAGCAUGGAGAGUUCUGGAUGGAGAUGAAGAAUGGAGUGGUGUUCAGUGUGAUGCAGUAUGAAGGCUACAAGGACCAACAUUACAUCUGUUUCCACACUUCCAGCAUCUGCCUCUAUCAUCAUGGUGCAGUAGACGGAGAUGUUCCUGUGUGGGACAUAAAACUGCCAUGCAGGACACGACCCCAUUGGCUGGAGCCGGCGGUCUAUGCAUGCGAGUCUGCAGCUGAGAGAGCUUCUCCCUCUGGAGCGCUCAGUGUGGAGGCCCAUAGCAUGCUGGCCCUUGCCGUCAAGGUUUCCUCUCACAGCACGGAGAGAAAUGUGAAGGAGUUUCUUAUUGCUAUUGGGGUGAGAGGAGCCACACUGCAGCACAGAGUAGUUCCCUCCAGUCUGGGCUGGUACGAUCAGAUAGUAGAUUUUCUAAAUGUGUCUGAUGAACCUGUGCUUGGCUAUACACCACCUUCCUCUGUUACUACCCUCCACCUACACCUUUGGAGCUGCUCCCUGGACUACAGGCCUCUGUAUUUGCCAGUGAGGUCUCUUCUCACAGUGGAGACCUUUAGUAUCUCCAGCAGUGUGUCUCUGGAUCACUCCUCUUCUUCACUCAGAAUCAUUCUAGAUGAAGCAGCACUCUUUCUGUCUGACAAGAGCAACGCUGUGUCUGUCAACUUGGCUCGAGACUAUGUGCAAGUGGUGGACAUGGGAACUUUGGAGCUUAGAAUCACCGCAGUCAAGCCUGGCACAGAUGGGGAAAGGACUGAACCAAGGUUCGAGCUGCGCUGCUCGAGUGAUGUCAUUCAUAUUCGGACCUGCUCAGAUUCCUGUGCUGCACUUAUGAACCUCAUUCAGUACAUCGCCAGCUACGGGGACCUGCUGCCACCAUCCAAGCAGGAGAGCAGGAGUAGCACUCCCAAACAGAGAGCAAAGUCAGAUGUAGUUAGCCAGCCUCCAUCCCAGGCCCCUCUGCUCCCUGAGGCUGAGCAGCAGAUGCUGCAAGACCUGAUGAGUGACGCUAUGGAGGAGACAGACUCCCUGCAGGGACACACCCUGCAGUCCAAUGGUGUCCAAGAGGAUCAUAUAAGUGACCAUGACCCACCACGCUCUGAUCUCUUCCUCUUCCCGGAUGAGAGUGGAAACUUGGGGCAGGAGCCUAGUCCAGUCUACCCCACACUGCAUUCACCCCUUAUCUCCCCACCUGCACCGAGCACACACCACGACUCAGAUGAUUUCUGUAUCCUGGACUCUCCAGGCUCCAGAGCUGCAGAGAGGGAUGAAGAGCCAGUUGUACAGAAGCUGACCACUGAGCCCAUUUUGGUGCUGGAGAACCAUUUUAGUGAGCCUCUAGAGGGCACCAGUGGCAGCAGGGGCCCAUUGCACUUUCCCGUGCCUGAGGUCAGGUACUUGGUAAAGGAGAUCUCUGUGGUUUGGCACCUGUACGGCGGAAAGGAUUUUGGCAGUGGGCCACUGUCCUCCUCUCCAGCCCGCAGUCGAGGGUGCACUCCUCAUAGUUCCCCCUCUCAAACCCCAGUGAGGCAGGUCCGGAGUGGCUCUCGCUCUGGGGGAGGGUGGGGCAGGAACCCAGAUGUGCUGAUGGAGAUCCAGCUCAGCAAGGUGCGGUUCCAGCAUGAGGUGUACCCCCAGGUGUCUCCUGAGGCCAGCUCACUGUCUGAGCAACCGGUGUCCAGACAAGUGUUCUCAGUGCAGGACUUAGAAAUACGAGACAGACUGGCCUCCUCUAUGAUGAACAAGUUUCUUUACCUCUACUCCAGCAAAGAGAUGCCCAGGAAAGCCCAUUCCAACAUGCUUAUGGUUAGAGCACUUCACAUGUGUCCAGAAGCCGGCCAGGCUCCUCAGGAGUGCUGUCUUCGUGUCUCCUUAAUGCCUCUCCGCCUCAAUAUUGACCAGGAUGCUCUGUUCUUUCUGAAAGACUUUUUUACCAGCCUGGCUGCAGACGUGGAGCUUUUUUCCCCACCAGAACAGGAGGCACUUUGUGUAUCUGUAAAAAAGCCUCCUGGGCCAGAGGUAGCGUGUUCUUUCUCCAAAUAUAGCGGGGGAGCAGGUCAAGACCCUGUGCCAAUCAUCUCUGUGCCUACCCAAACACGCUCUAGUCAGAACGGCCUUGGAGCCUCAAGCCAUGAGCAUGUGCCUGAGUCUGCCUCCACAUCCUUCACUGAUCAGCCCAUCUUCUUCAGAGAGUUCAGAUUCACUUCUGAGGUGCCGAUACGUUUGGAUUACCAUGGAAAACAUAUGGCCAUGGAACAGGGCACUUUUGCGGGGAUUGUAAUUGGGCUAACCCAGCUAAACUGCUCAGAACUGAAGCUGCGCCGACUCUGCUACCGACAAGGACUGCUGGGUGUGGACAAGCUGUUUUCUUAUGCCAUUAAUGAAUGGCUCAGUGACAUCAAGAAGAACCAGCUGCCAGGGCUGCUUGGUGGAGUUGGACCCAUACACUCUCUAGUGCAGCUUGUCCAGGGAUUUAGGGAUCUUGUGUGGCUGCCUAUAGAACAGUAUCGGAAGGAUGGGCGGAUUGUGAGGGGCUUCCAAAGGGGCACUGCCUCAUUUGGGACCUCUACUGCCAUGGCAGCCCUGGAGCUGACCAAUCGCAUGGUGCGAACCAUCCAGGCAGCUGCAGAAACAGCCUAUGACAUGGUGUCACCAGUGCCAGAUGAAAGAGAAUGCAAAAAGAUCAAACGAUAUUCAUGCUAUCGACUAGCUCAUCAACCUGUGGACCUCAGAGAAGGUGUGGCCAAGGCUUACAGUGUAGUUAAAGAGGGCAUUGCAGACACAGCUUUGACGAUUUACGACACGGCCACCCGCGAGCACGAGCAGAGGGGCAUGACAGGCGCAGUUGGUGGAGUCUUGCGCCAGCUGCCUCCUGCUGUUGUCAAACCUCUGAUCGUUGCCACAGAAGCAACCUCCAAUGUGCUGGGAGGCAUGAGGAACCAGAUUCACCCAGAUGCUCGCCAGGAGGAGUCGCAGAAAUGGCGUCUGGGAGAGGAGUAAACAGAGAGGGCUUGUGCAGGUUUCAGCCUGACGGCCAUGAUGGAUGCACUGAAUUGCUAAUCAGACACUACACAAGAUUGGCAUGUUAUCACCUGGUGUCUUCAACAGCUGAUCCAUAGUCAGGCAGUCAGUGUUUCCUUUAUGCUGCUUAUGAGUUUAUUUAGGGCCAUGGUGGUGUCUCACUGACUCAUUCAACAGAUUGAGAAUCAACAGAGAUUCAGCAAAGACCACAGUAGCAAAGCUCUAGCUUACUUUAAUGCUGCUGUCAAAGGCAGAAUAUUACCGGACUUAAUUCCUUGCUUUAUUGGCAGCACUUUUCAUUGAAAUGGAACUGGAGUCAUUUGAUAAUAAUAUGUCUCAAAGCAGCAGCUUCGGAGAUGAGCAUUGUUGUCAGCAUAAAUAAUAAUCACAACAGAUUUGUCUGAAGUUCCUUCCUCUUUCCUGUACGCAAUGGUAUGAGUACUUUUCUGUAAACUUGCUUUUUCGACGCCCCACUGACAGACAUCCUUUUAGUGCCUUCAUAGGAUUAUUAUAAAAUGCUUGUUAAUGUGUGCUCAAAACUUUCCAUGAAAGAUAUGUCUUGUGUUGAGCGUGAUUACUGUGCCAUUUUAUUUAUUCUAUCCAGUGGUGAUCAAUGAGUUUUCAGGUGUCAGGCUCAGUUUUGACAAGUUUGAUAAUCUGCACACAAGUUGAGGGGUAUACCAUACAUCACAGUUUGUUGGUUUAGCCAGAUAACUUAAGCCCAAAGUCGAGUCCAAUACGAAAAGAGCAAUGGGGCAUUCCUAAUAGACAGUCCUCGUCUUUCGUUCUUUAAGAUAUCUGGCUCCCUAAUGCUGCAAUCCUUUUGAGCUCGGAUUUCCUACUCAGCAAGUUUAGAGAGCCUCAGUAGCCCAAAAUUCAGAAUCCAAGAUGGUUUCAUUACUCAUUAAUGGUAGUAAAAGCAGUAGUGUUAUACUGUGUAUCACUUCUAUUUGUAUUUUAUUAAAUUAGUCUUAAAUCAGUCUCCAACUUCUAUUUGUUUAAAUUAGCAAAAUACUGUAUAAUGCAUUGUCAUCCACUGGUAUCGCUAUCAGUGCCAACCUGGAACAAUACUAACAAUGGUAGCUGAUAACUGAAAUGCUGCCAGCUCUGAUAUCCGAGGUAAAUGAAAUGCAGCAUAAAGAACUCUGCUUUUUGGUAUGCCCUUAGAUCUCUGGCAAACAUUUUGAAGAGUUUAUUGUUGUGUUUUCAAUGCCAUUGUCUCUUGAAAAAUGAAAAAUUGAAAAAUGAAUAAGAACAAGGGAUAAACAGACAGAUUAUUACUUUUUUUACACUCUAGAAAGUCCACCUCUUCUACCCAGUUUAUUGGCUUAUUUAGUUUAUAAAACAUUGUUUAUUGGACUCACACUUACCUGUUUGCAAUUAAACUGUAUUGAAUUCCAGUUGUAGUAGCUAUAAUACGGCUGUAGAAUUAAAAAUGUUUCCCUAGAUUUGUCUUUAGCACCAUGCUUUAAAAAUUAUAUUUGGACAUUUUGACAAUAUUUUGUUGUAAUGGUCACUUGCACUUUUUUUAUGUACACUGAUAUACUUUUAAAACUGAGGUCAUGGUUUUUGGUGAGGUGGUCAGUGUAUAUACUGUAUCUGCUUGUAAGACAUACUUCUCUUAAGCAGCUUUAUCUCAGAAAGGACAGAAAUCUAUAUUCUCCACACAAAACACCAAAUGUCAUUUAAAACAAGCAAACAAACUUACUCAUCUUUAUGCAUAUCAUAUGUCUUUAACAGGAACCUAUUUGAACUUAUUUGUACAGAUUGUGCAAUCGUGAAUUGUACAUGUGCUUUCUUUUUUCUUUUCUUUUUUUUUACACGGUUAUGUAAGACAUUAGAUUAAGCAUUUGGGAAACUGACAGAUGCAUUGCAUUUGCGUUAGAGUUCAGAGAAAGUGAUUUGCAUCUGCACAACUUUCUCUUAAGUACUUAACAUUUGUGAUGGAUGUUUUUUUUGUUCAAAAGGUAGUUGAAGGUCUUGUACAUAAAUGUAAAGUUAAUUUUUGCAGUUUAUAUGAAAGCAUGUAUAUCAACAAAAAGGGAAAUAAAAUAUCUAAUGUUGA